AACCUGCGAACGGGUGUUGUCACAAAAACAAAUAUGGUUUCCAAAACAGUUUACUAAAUGUGAAAAGAAGUCAAAAGAUGACUGCAUUUCAAGGCCAGAAGUUAAUUCACUUCGACUUAAAAGGUGCAGCACCUAAACUUGAAUACUUGCUACGUUUAAUUCCUCUGCUUCGCGAAUGGGGAGCAACUGGAAUACUUAUAGAAUACGAAGAUAUGUUUCCGUAUAAAGACCAACUUCAAGUCAUUCCUAAACCUUUUUGCUACACGCUGAAUGAUAUCCACAGGCUUCAACAAGCCGCCGAGAACGAGAACUUAACUUUUAUCCCGCUUGUUCAAACGUUUGGGCACAUGGAAUUUGUGUUGAAACACGCAAAGUUUGAGAGUUUACGAGAGACCGUGAGCAAUCCAAUGUCGGUAUGUCCACUGCAUAAGGCUGCUUUGAAUUUGGUAAAAAGUUUAGUGGAACAACUCGUGGAGGCACAUGAGGAUCUUAAGUACUUACAUAUUGGUGGGGAUGAGGUAGGAUGAUGGUACCAUACCAUACUCUUAGUACCAAUACUGUCUACUGUACCAUACCAAGUACCAUGCUAUAUAUAGUGCUAUACCAUACCCUGACUGGAAAGUUUGGAAAUUGCGCGGGGGAAAUUUCGAAAAUUUAAUAGUAAAUAUAUAGAGAGCAAACAAAGUGUGCGGGGAUUUCUCCCCCGCGCAAUACAAACUUUCCACACUGGUACCAUACCAUACUGAGCUACCUCCAGUGUGGAAAGUUUGUAUCGCGCGGUGGAGAUAUCAGCCGCGCAAUUUUGAUGCUUUCUAUAUAUUUACUAUUAAAUUUUUGAAAUCUCCAAACUUUCCAGUCAGGAGCUACCUUAUCAUACCACACCAUACUUUACCAUGCCAUACUUUACCAUACCAUACUUUACCAUACCAUAUUAUAUUACCAUACUAUACCAUAUACUAUACCAUACUUUAAGUACUGUGUAUACUAGUACUAUACAAUGCACUAAUAUCGGUAUAUCAGUCCUAAAUUCAAAAUAUCAGUAUUGUAUUUUAAUUAACAAAUUUAUACAAUAUAUUUUAAAUUUAAAGUUUGGUUAUAACAAAACUCAGUGACCCAAAUCAAUGAUUAUAUAAAAUAAUUCAACAUAAUUUACCAUAUACUAUAUCAGAUUAUACUGUACAGUACCAUACAACAUAUACUAUUCCAUACCAGACCAUGUUGCUAUGCAAUUUAUUCCAUACCAAAACAUACAUUCUGUACCAAAGUAACCAAACCGUACUUUACCAAACCAUACAGGGGUUAAAAUGCUAUUAAAUUUGGUAAGCAGAUCUUAUUUGCUGGUAGCCACUUGGUUGACUAAAAAAUCUUUAAAAUUCCAACCUUUAACAAACAAAAUUUGUUACAUUGCAGGUGUUUAAUUUAGGGACGUGUCCGACCUGCCAGGCGUCGACCAUGAGCAAACAACAACUUUUUAGAAGUCACAUGAUUCCGCUUCUCAAAUACAUUAAAACUAAAUGGCCGAGUAUCUCUUUGCUUAUGUGGCAUGAUAUGAUAGCAGAGUACAGCAUUGAAGAACUGCAACCUUUUGGCAAUCUCAUUGAACCAAUGGCGUGGGGUUAUGUGGACGAUAUCAGCAGUUAUUUUCCAAAAGACAUGUUUGGGCGAUUUGGUCAAGUGUUUGAUAAUAUUUGGGUGGCAAGUUCUUUUAAGGGGUCUUCGGGUUAGUAAAUUUUAAAACAGUUUUCAACUGAUGAACAGGAGCGGGUCUACCCCAGGUGUGCAGAGAGGUGUGCACCCCAUCUAGUGGUGUCAGCUAGCAUCCCCCUAGAGAAGUCUAGCACCACCCUAAGAAAAUCUGCUUGACCAUACAUUUUCUGCUUUUCGAAUAGCGAUUAGCGGAACUUCUACUGUUAGCGUGUGUCGAUUUCUUGAAACGAUUUAAUUUACUUUUUGAGCUCAUGAGAAAAUAUUCAGAAUGCUUUAGUUAAAUAUCAUGGUUAAGUUUGCAAACAUGUUGAGGUUGUUAUACAACCAUAUUUUCAAAUAUACUGUACUUUGACAAGCAAAUUUACUGUACUGUCCUACAGCAACUGUCCAGUCACACAAACAUGAUAAAAAGCUGAUAUAAACUUUAUAAACCAGGGUUUUUUUUCCAGGAUUUUCUCUUGGGUCCGUUUUUGCAGAGAAGACUGAGUUUAGAUGAACAGCUGGGGUGGUUGCACCCCCUCCCCUACUGGGGGGGGGGGCUGACACUUGUACUCAAUAAAUGUAGUUGAGACGGAAUGUGUUAAAGCAGGGGGCACUAAGGGACACUAUAAACUGAUUAAAGAUGAGGCCGUUUAACGCCCUGAAAAAAAGCCUGAUAAACAAAAGAUAAUGUAAAACGUAACAGAAUGGCAGAUUCGGGCAUCUCAAAUAAUGGUAAUGUUGGAAUAGUAACGUUGCAGACUGCGGAAGAGAGUGGGCACCCUAUUGAAAACCUGCACCCCUCCUUGCAGAUGAGGCUAGAUCCGCCCCUAACUGUCAAACCUAAAUCUUAUUGUUCUGUUCUGUCAUCUUACAGGACCUACAGCGGAUUAUGUGCCACUGGAACACCACGUGGCUAAUCAUUUAUCCUGGCUUCAACUUAUCUCCAAUCUACCUGAAACGACUCGAUGCAAGAUCUCGGGUAUAGCCAUCACCGGCUGGUCAAGGUAUGAUCAUUACGCUACGCUUUGCGAACUAUUUGUCCCUGCCAUUCCUUCUCUAGUCCUGUGUUUAGCCAUACUAGAGAAUGGUCAUCUUACGAAUGAAAUUGAAGAACUAGUUGCCCAACAGCUUGGGUUUACAUCGACUCGGUCUCUAAAACCAAUAGUCACCGACCCUUAUGCCGAGUUCGAAAAAGGCUGUUUCCCAGGGGCUGACCUGUUCUCGUAUGUUGCAUAUUUGGAAAAAGCAAAAUUUUUCCUCAAACGGACAAACUUUCAAAUGAAAGGCUGGCUCACUCAAUGGCACCAGAAAAGUAAACUCGUUAAUACGGCUCACAUCGAGCAUGCGCGUUGGUUGUGCGAUGUUGCCCUUAAGAAUUUGAGUUUUAUUCGGGCACACGUCCGUGAGUGUCUUAGGGAAAUUUACCACGAAGAAACUGUCGAAGAAUGGUUAGAUGUGAAAGUGGAAGUACGAAUACGAAAAGGAAAUGGCUAUUUGGAAAUUUUAAAUAAUUUUAAUCUGAAAGGAACGUAAUGAAUGCAAAGUUAUCACACAGGAACUCGGCAUGCAGUUAGGUACUGUACGCACGCGCUCGAAAACACAAUUGACUCUUUGAAUGAAAAUUUGAGUCUAAUUCAUCCAGACCAAAACUGACCAAACUUAAAAUAUAACCACGCAUAGAUUUUUGGUAUGGCAAUUGCUAGAUAGUAUACUUCAAAAUAAGGUUUCCGUUUUUAUGUCAAUUUUUAAAAUAAGUUAGGGUUAGGUUAGGGUUUAGGUUAGGGUUUAGGUUAGGGUUUAGUUUUGUGUUAGGAUAGUUUUUUCUACGUUAUAAAGACGGAAACCUUAUUUUGAAGUAUACUAUCUAGCGAUCACCUUUUUGGUAUAUGUGAUAUUUGGUCAUUCCAAGAAGAAAUGUAAUAUAUCUUUAUAAUAAAAAAUCGCAUAUUGAUCAACUCUCGACGGUGAAAAUAUGCAAUUUCGACAAACAAUUUUUAUGCGACUCACAUUUGCUCAUUUUUUCUCAUCCUACAGUUAAAAGCACCGAGUAAUUAACGUGCAAUGGCAUGCUAAAGUUGAAUUACCUUUUUAUACACCUUGUAUAAUGGACAAGAAAGCGUGCAUGUAUUCGACCUAGCAACCGCGUAGAAAAUAAUUAGAGCACACAAAUAAACUAUUUUCCCCCAAAUAAUAAAUAUAUUAUGUUAUAUAAUUGUCCAGCAUAUAUAAAUUGAAUCGAUCUAGGAAUCAAUUUUUCGAAGAACAUAUAUAAACUGAGUCUAUGUACUAAGUUUGUAAAAUAACUUGUACUUGUGAAAUCGAUGUCGGAAAUUCCAUAUUAAGAAGUGCUUAUCUCUCUUCCCCAGAUUGUCUCUCGUUUAUUUAAUUCUUUUUCUUCUAUCUCGCUUUCUCGUAUCUGUCCAGACGGAAACGCCCAUGUGCCAGUAUAGCAAUGUUUUCGC